AAGAGUGUGUUCAGAAUUCUUUUGGCUAUGAAAAGGAGGGGCAAUUCUUUCAAGGAGUUUUAUAGAGUGAAGAAAAGGAAUAUGUCAUCACCUGGAGAGGAAAAUGAGAGGCUGCAACCCCAGAAAAGGUUCAAGGCAGAAAGAGGAACGGAGGAGGCUGAUGGAGAUGGUGGAAUGCUGUGUUCUGGGAAGUAUCACCUUUCCUGUUUUUGUGUUCGAAAACCUCAAAGAACCAGGCAGAGGCAAUGGCCCUCAGCUCGACAACACCUGAAGGCCCAGCCGCACUGGGAGCUGGCAGGAACCCUUCCGAUUAUCCUCCCAUUUCGCUGUGGAAGGGGCAUGGGGAGUACCUGUUAUUGGAAUUCUGCUUGGAAGCAUAAGGAAGUAGGCAUGAAGGCUGUGUGUAGGCUCAUGGCCUUGGAGUUUUCAGCAACUGUAACCCCGGGCGUGUGGCUCACCCCAGAGCACAGCCUUCCCACUGCAGUGUUUCCUAGUCCCACAUUCUUGACGUCUGAGUUACUCUCCUGUCAAAGUGUGACACUGAGCCAUGUGCUAGAAUCAUAUACCUCCCUCUCAAAAUAUUUGACCAACAAAAUGGGAUUAAAGUUGUGUUGGCAAAGGGAGGUGAUUUCUUACUCAGCAGUGCUUUGUGUGUUGCUGGAAGAACUGAAUGCUGCAUUUGUGAAAAGCCACGAAAAAUUAGGCUCAACAAUGCAACAGCCUGAAAAGGAGAUUCAGGAAGACACGUUCACCCUGAGCCCUGAUUACCCCGAUUUGACAAAUCAUGAAUUCUCAUUUGAAGUUUUGACCAAAGAGAGGGUGUUGGAACAGUUCAGUUCAGCUGUCUACAAAGUUAUGAUCAACCUACUAUAA